UUCAUUGAGUGCUGUGCGUUUGCUUUGAAAUGCAAUGAAGACAUGAAUCUUCAUCUGAGAGUCGGAUGACUACAAACCCCUUCACUAGCUCGCAUCCAGGGCGAACAGUUAGUCUCAAACGCGUGUUUAAGCACACGAGAUACGCACGUCUGUGUUACAGAUAUGAAAUCGCAGGAUUAUAACCGCGCAUACUGUAUGAUGUUUGAAACAUUGACGUGGCUGUAGGCGGCGCGAGCGCUCACAGCUGUCAACAUCACCUGACGCCGUGACGUCACACGCAGCACCCAAAAUGGCGGAACAACAACAACAUAGCAGAGGACCGGACGACGAGGACGAGGCGUACGAGACGCUGGAUCUGACCGCAUACGCUCGGACACAGCAGUGGUGGAGCACGGUGUUCGGGAGCCACUCGGGCCCCAUCGCUGAGAAAUACUCUGUGGCCACUCAGAUCAUGAUGGGCGGCGCCUCGGGAUGCCCAGGGGGUGUCUCAGAAAGUCAGAUUCAUUUACCAUCAACUAAACCCAAACCUUGGCGACUCAAGCUAUGCUGCUUCCAAAAACACAUUCAGGAGUGUGUGGGGUAUCUGUUCCAGCGGGUGGGGAAGGUCGCCGCUACGGCCGUCGGAGGAGGAUUUCUGCUUCUACAGAUAGCCAAUCACAGCGGCUAUGUCCAAGUUGACUGGAAGAAAGUGGAGAAAGAUGUUAACAAAGCAAAAAGACGUCUGAAGAAAAAAGCCAAUAAAGCCGCACCUGAGAUCAACACGUUUAUUGAGGAGGCCACUGAAUUUGUGAAGAAAAACAUCGUCGUUUCGAGUGGAUUUGUCGGUGGCUUCCUGCUUGGCCUCGCCUCUUGAGCUGAAAACGUUUCCUGUGAUAUUGUGAAGGGUGUCUUCCCAUCAUGCACCUGAUGUUAGGAUGGCGUUGAGCUCGUUUAAGAAGUCAGGACUUGGUUUCUUCUUCGCUCACAGAGUGUUUGAGAGCUUGAUGAUAUGGAGGAGAAAGUGAUCCUAUUCUUUACAGAACUGUUCACUUUACGCUGAGAGUCUAAAACACUGGGAUGCUUCUGUUUAUACUUAUCUGAAAAACGGAUGGAAAAUGAUUAUUCUCUUCUAAUGUUUCUUCUUGAUGUUAUUGUUGUUCAAUUCAAACGUGUUUGGUGAGACAUUGGGAUUUCAUGCGUUACGGUCAGCCAGCAGAUUUAUUUCUUUGUUCCCUUGCAGUUUCUUUAUAAGGAAUGUUUACAUUAUAAAUAAAAAUCACGAUUCUGAUUCAA